UUUCAGCACUCUGUCUGAAAACAACGAGAAGGCUUUAUGCAGAGAAGAAGUGUUCAGGCUGGCUUGUUUUUUAGGGGGAAAAGCUUCGCCAGGCUUUGGUUUAUUCUUUGAUACUUUUGUUGAACUGCUGCUUGUACGCUAGCUAUGCAGCUUUAAGGGAUGUAGGGGCCGUUUUCAGCCGCCGGGUUACGAUGGAGGGACCUGCCACAAGAGAGUUGGAGCUGACUCUUUCAGACGGUGCGUCAGACGACGACGACAUGCCCGCGACGCUGCCGACAGACGGCGGCCACAGCGGGAGCAUCCGCAAGGGAUGCGAUCCAUUCGCUCAGACUCAGCGCAGUAAACUGCAACAUCGGCGAGCUCGAAUCAACCAGCAGAUUAACAAGGAGAUGCGGAUGAGAGCAGGAGCGGAGAACCUUUUUAGGGCAACAACUAACAACAAGGUAAAGGAAACUGUGGCUCUGGAGCUCAGCUUUGUCAAUUCCAACCUGCAACUGCUCAAAGAAGAGCUGGAAGAGCUUAACAGCAACAUGGAGAUCUACCAGACAGACAGUGAUGCCAUCAGUGUUCCCAUGAUCCCCCUUGGACUGAAAGAAACCAAGGAAGUGGAUUUUACUGUUCCUAUCCAGGAUUUCAUCUGUGAGCACUAUGGAGAAGACAGCAGUCAGUACGACAAGGAGAUCAAAGAGCUGAUUGAUCUCAGACAGGCGAUGCGUACACCCAGUCGUAACCAGGCUGGACUAGAGCUACUAAUGGAGUACUACAAUCAGCUGUACUAUUUGGACCAGCGCUUCUUCUCUGCACACAAGAACCUGGGUGUUUACUUUCACUGGUACGACUCUUUGACGGGGGUCCCAUCGUCUCAGCGCGCGCUGGCUUUUGAGAAGGGAAGCGUGCUGUUCAACAUCGGAGCUCUUUACACGCAGAUCGGCGCGCGCCAGGACCGGUCUGCUGCAGACGGCAUCAACAAGGCCAUAGAUGCCUUUCAGCGAGCUGCAGGUGCAUUUAAUUACCUAAAGGAGAACUUCUCCAAUGCUCCAAGUCUGGACAUGAGCGCUCCGUCUCUCAGCAUGCUGGUCCGUCUGAUGGUUGCUCAGGUGCAGGAGUGUGUGUUUGAACGCACAACAAUCACCACACAGGACACUAAGUUUACCUCCCAACUCCAGCUGGCACAAGAGGCUGCACAGGUGUCGGAUGUUUACUCACUAGUGCAUCAGACGAUGACGCAGCCUGUGAUGAAGGACUAUGUGCCGUUUUCAUGGGCCGCCAUGGUUCAGGUCAAAUCUGAACAUUUCCGUGCUCUCUCGCACUAUUAUGCUGCUGCUGCACUCUGCGACCACACAUGUAAGGGAAAUAUCUCCUCUAAGAUUUUAGCAUCUUCUGAUGGGGAGGAGUGUGAAAAGGAGGUUGAUAAAGCCUUCCUCAAGUUGUAUGUCAACAUUUCUUCGGGGCAAACUCUCAGCCAGAUUCUGGAGGAUCCUGAAAAAAGGAGAAAGCUUGGCAAAGCCCACCUUCGGAGUGCCGUUAUGAGGCAUGAGGAGGCCAUGCGUGUCCACAGUCUGUGUAAGGUCCUGAGGAAGAUGGACAUCCUGCAAGAUGUGCUCUGUCAAAUGCACAAGCUGUCCUUGGAGAAAUAUUUAGAGCUGGAUCGAGAAGAUGACUUUGAUGAAACAGCAGAGGCCCCAGAGAUACAAGCUCAUACUCAGCAGAAACCAGACAUCACUCCACCAAGCUUCUUUACCGUCCAAGUUACUGACAUCUUUCAAAGACUGGGCCCCUUGUCAGUGUUCUGUGCAAGAGCCCGCUGGGGCCCCACACGUGUGAUCUGCCUGCAGAGGAGAGAAGGUGGGAUGGGUCUCACACUCAGAGGGGACUCCCCUGUCCUGGUUGCUGGAGUGGUUCCUGGGGGCUGUGCAGAGGAGGCAGGACUACGAGAGGGAGACUAUAUUGUAGCAGUGGAUGGACAAGACUGUAAGUGGGCCAAACAUGGGGAGGUAGUCCACAUGCUGAAGAGCUGCAACGACAGAGAAGUACAAAUCAGUGUGGUGACGCUACACUCGCAUGACAUCCAGGUAGAGAGAAAAGCCGUCAUGCUGUCCCACUGCAGCGACAAAGAAAACGCUCGCCAACGGCUGCUAGGCGGGGCCAAGGGACAGAGCUCCGCCUCUUUGUUGAACUGGAACAGGAAAAAAAAGAGGGAGGGCAGCGGUGUCACCAAGAAACUUGGAAGCACUUUUAGUUUGUCAUUUGGAAACAUCCGUGACGCCGAGGCCAUGUACUGAGACAAGACUGUGGAGGAAUAACUCAGGGAUCCACAGCAGCAGAGAAGGUACAGUGAGGAGCAAGAUUUGGAGCUGAGCUAGGAAACCUCAGCUGGAAAGGCACAUUUCUACGGCGAAAUGGACUACUGGAUUAUUUAAAAGUCAAAAUGUGAGUUUGUUUGGCUAAUAAUGCCUGUGGAAACACAAAAAUCUAGUU